ACAAGAUCUCUCCGACUGUCAUGGCGGCUCCCUUGAAGGGGGUUUGGUAUUGGAGCAAGUAGCCACUGUAAUCUUACAUUUUCUCCGUCGAGAAGACUAGUUAACCCCGACUGAAGAGGCUCCUCGGAGCGGGUAUUUACAAUGGGGACUGUCCAUGCUAAGAGUCUGGAUCCUGUCCCGAUGCAUGGCCGGGACCUGGGUGUCAACCCUGAUGACUUGGUGGAUAGUCCAGAACCAGAACAUGAGGCCAAGCAGGAGAUCCUUGAAAACAAAGAUGUGGUUGUCCAGCAUGUCAACAUCCAAGGUCUUGGACGGACUAAAGAGGAUCUGCUCGGCUAUGAGAUUUCUGAUGUCUUCCAUGCCAAAAACCUCAUUGACGUGAUGAAAAAAGCUCACCUUGCCAGACAGAAGCUGCUCCGCCUGGGAAUCUUCAAUGAGGUGGAGGUUCUUAUCGAUACGUCUGAAGGUGCAGAUGCUCUGCCCAAUGGUCUAGAUGUGACGUUUGAGGUGACAGAGAUCAAGAGACUGACAGGAAGCUACAACACCAUGGUUGGCAACAAUGAAGGAAGCAUGGUGCUGGGUCUGAAACUGCCCAACACGUUAGGUCGAGCUGAGAAACUCACCUUCCAGUUCUCCUAUGGGACGAAGGAGACAUCCUAUGGUCUGUCUUUCUUCAAGCCCCAGCCUGGACACUUUGAACGCAAUCUCACUCUCAACAUGUACAAAGUCACCGGGCAGUUCCCAUGGAGCUCCUUAAAAGAGACCGACAGAGGCCUGUCUGCAGAACUAAAUUUUCCUCUGGGGAUCACCAACCACACACUGAAGUGGGAGGGUGUAUGGAGGGAGCUGGGCUGCCUGGCACGCAGCGCUUCCUUCGCCGUGCGGGAAGAGAGUGGACACUCGCUGAAAUCUGCCCUCUCGCACACUGUGUCAAUUGAUUCAAGGAAUUCUGCCAUUUUCCCCAGCAGAGGUGCCUUACUCCGGGUCAACCAGGAGCUGGCUGGGUAUACGGGAGGAGACGCCAGCUUCUUGAAAGAGGAUUUUGAGCUGCAGCUCAACAGACGACUCUUCUGGGACUCAGUCUUGUCUGCUUCACUGUGGGGGGGGGUGCUUUAUCCCCUCGGAGGACAAGUGUCUUGCAUCGCUGACAGGUUCUACCUUGGAGGUCCCACCAGUGUACGAGGAUUUGGGAUGUACAGUAUCGGGCCACAAAGUGAAGGUGAUUACCUGGGUGGAGAGGCAUACUGGGCGGGUGGCCUGCACCUCUACACCCCUCUGCCCUUCAGGCCAGGCAAGGGCGGUUUCGGAGACCUGUUCAGGACACAUUUCUUUCUCAAUGCUGGGAACCUCUGCAACCUCAACUAUGGUGAGGGUCCCCGAGCACACCUUCAGAAGCUAGCUGAGUGCAUCCGCUGGUCGUACGGAGCAGGCAUCGUGCUCAGGCUCGGAAACAUCGCCAGACUGGAGCUCAACUACUGCGUACCCAUGGGAGUCCAGAGUGGAGACAGGAUAUGUGACGGUGUCCAGUUUGGAGCAGGGAUCCGCUUCCUGUAGCAUCAUGCCUCUGAGCAGAGACUCUGCUGUGGGCAGGGAGAACGUUGUGUUGUUUGACACCUGUAACUUGUUGUAGAAUAUGUAACACUAGCAUGGGAAAUGUGCCUGACCCCCCCCCCCCACCCCUCCUCUGAUCUGCCUUCCUUUGAAGGACAAAUUGCCAGUGCUGGGCCACACGACUAGUGAACCUUUUUACAAACAGUUUUCACUCUGUGGGAGUUGAAAGUAACCGAUAAAACAUUUCUUUAGCAGCACCCACAAUCAUGGUUCCAAUUCUAACAGAUGUUAGCACUUUGUCUCCUCGGUAGACUUUUGAAUUAUUGCUUCUGUUCCUCUGUCCUUGGUUUUAAAAUCUCCAGCAUUGGCAUAUUGUCUGUGGAAAAGUCAUGUACCAGUGAUCUCACCCACUGUGUUUCUUUAGUGACACAAAGUCACUUAUUCACCUGAAUGUUAAAAUGGACUUCCUGGACUGCUUCUGUUCAUGAUUGUGUUUGAGAGAUUAAUGUGCGCCACACACUGCCGUGACCUGAUGAGUCCGUGCUCUGUGUGUGAAUGGAUGAUCGGAGCAGCAGCGAGUAACCAGGACCUUUAUGAUCCAAACAGAGGUGAGGGAAAGGAACCAACCCUCGUGCCAAAGUGGAUUGUUGAAACGUUGUUGUCUGAUGUGAAGAACGGCGGGUUGAUGGUCAUCUCUCAGACACCCCACCCCCAUCUUUUUGAUGUUGUUGAAGCUCUUCACAAAUAAAUCACAGCUGCUCCCCUG